AUGGCGCAAGAAUUCCCGGAUCGUGCGAUGCAGCCAACAACUGCUGGAAAUGCAAUUCGUCUGGCCGUAGCAGUCAUACUGCUUGGAUUGGCGAUUUCCCUUUCCUUGUACCAUGAAGGCCGGCGUGCUACAAUAGGCUUCCUACUGAACGACUUCUCCAAAGGCACUUCUCACGAACUGCGCGGCGCGAAAUUGAGGCCUUCAGAUGUCCGGCCGGAAUUUCUUAAGAGCAGCACGAGCUUGUCAGUCGCAGUGCCCAGCAGCUCUCUGACCGUGCCCAGUACAGUGCCGCAGAUGGCAGAAUCUGUGGAUUCCUUCACAAAACGUCUGCAGAAGUUGUGGCCCUCUUACGCGUGGCACCGGCGGAAAGAUGAGACUCCUCGUAUGCUGCAAGCAAACCCAGGCACAUAUGAUAGGUGUCACGAACGCGAGCGGCUGGUUUGGUUUCAUCUUUGGGGACAGAUCCGCACCUUCGGCAUGCACACGCGGAACUUCCGCAGCUUUUUGGAGGGCAGUGGUGCCAAGUGCUGGUUUGUAGUCAUAUACACAAGAGAAGAGUUCACGACCCGGGAUAAAAACGGGGAUUGGAACAAGCGCGACAGGCCCAUGGCCAGUCGAUUUGUUGCAGAAGGCCGCACCGUCACCAGCUACAUAGAAGAUGCGGCGAAAGAGCUGAGGCUUGGCUCUGUGAGUGUGAACCUGGCAUGGGCGCAAUCGUCGGUUGCUCACGAGCCGUUCUGUCGCACAGCUCGUUGUGACUGGGACUACACCGCUGGAGUGACACGUUUCGGCCACGAGGUGGGCAAGUUUCACGGCAUCCCACAAUCAGAAGAAGAUGUUAUCCUGGUGUCCAGACCCGACAUCGUCUUCAGCCAUGCAGUGAACGUGACACGGAUUUUCGAAGUCAUGGCUUGGCAGAAACACAUCCUCCUGCCGCACGAGGGAUCGAGGGUCGAGGGCAAUGACCCGUCAGAGAUGUUAGUUAUUGGCCCAAGAUUAGUGUGGGAGGGGCCAUGCAUGGUCAAAGCAGACUUACCAUGCGGCCCCGUGUUCUGGAAGGACAAGAUGUGUGGGUUUUUUGGAACACAGUAUGUACACUGGAGCUACUCUCAGGGGGUCAUGCCUUUCUUUUACUUCGGCCCGAUUAAGCUGCACUUGCACAGGAUGUCAGACGAUAUCAAGUUCGGAAUGAUGAAGCCCAUAGUGAACACAGUGUCUCAUGGCAACGAUCGAGUCUUGGGGACAACCGAUCUUACGCGACAAGCACAGUGCGCUCUGGGCUCAAACGGUCUGGAGGACAUGGUCUAUCGCUGCAACACGGCGUUGCAGCGACAAGUGAAAUCUCCAGAGGGCCCUAGAUGCUGGAGUGCUGAGUUUCGUUUUCAGCCAGUGAGUGGCUUGGAGAUGCAGGGUGGCAGGCCUGUUCAACAACUUAGCGGCAAGCAGGGCUACUGGUUGUGCUCCGAGCGCGCCGACAUCGAUGCAAACAGGAGCUGCACUUUCCCGGGCCGCAGGGAGGUACCCAGCACCGUGGCACUCAGCAGCACUGCAGUGCCCACCAGCACCGCAGUGCCCAGCAGCACCGCAGUGCCUAGCAGCACUCUGACCGUUCCCAGUACAGCGCCGCAGACGGCAGAAUCUGUGGACUCCUUCACAAAACGUCUGCAGAAGUUGUGGCCCUCUUAUGCGUGGCACCGGCGGAAAGAUGAGACUCCUCGUAUGCUGCAAGCAAACCCAGGCACAUAUGAUAGGUGUCACGAACGCGAGCGGCUGGUUUGGUUUCAUCUUUGGGGACAGAUCCGCACCUUCGGCAUGCACACGCGGAACUUCCGCAGCUUUUUGGAGGGCAGUGGUGCCAAGUGCUGGUUUGUAGUCAUAUACACAAGAGAAGAGUUCACGAGCCGGGAUAAAAACGGGGAUUGGAACAAGCGCGACAGGCCCAUGGCCAGUCGAUUUGUUGCAGAAGGCCGCACCGUCACCAGCUACAUAGAAGAUGCGGCGAAAGAGCUGAGGCUUGGCUCUGUGAGUGUGAACCUGGCAUGGGCGCAAUCGUCGGUUGCUCACGAGCCGUUCUGUCGCACAGCUCGUUGUGACUGGGACUACACCGCUGGAGUGACACGUUUCGGCCACGAGGUGGGCAAGUUUCACGGCAUCCCACAAUCAGAAGAAGAUGUUAUCCUGGUGUCCAGACCCGACAUCGUCUUCAGCCAUGCAGUGAACGUGACACGGAUUUUCGAAGUCAUGGCUUGGCAGAAACACAUCCUCUUGCCGCACGAGGGAUCGAGGGUCGAGGGCAAUGACCCGUCAGAGAUGUUAGUUAUUGGCCCAAGAUUAGUGUGGGAGGGGCCAUGCAUGUUCAAAGCAGACUUACCAUGCGGGCCCGUGUUCUGGAAGGACAAGAUGUGUGGGUUUUUUGGAACACAGUAUGUACACUGGAGCUACUCUCAGGGGGUCAUGCCUUUCUUUUACUUCGGCCCGAUUAAGCUGCACUUGCACAGGAUGUCAGACGAUAUCAAGUUCGGGAUGAUGAAGCCCAUAGUGAACACAGUGUCUCAUGGCAACGAUCGAGUCUUGGGGACAACCGAUCUUACGCGACAAGCACAGUGCGCUCUGGGCUCAAACGGUCUGGAGGACAUGGUCUAUCGCUGCAACACGGCGUUGCAGCGACAAGUGAAAUCUCCAGAGGGCCCUAGAUGCUGGAGUGCUGAGUUUCGUUUUCAGCCAGUGAGUGGCUUGGAGAUGCAGGGUGGCAAGGCUGUUCAACAACUUAGCGGCAAGCAGGGCUACUGGUUGUGCUCCGAGCGCGCCGACAUCGACGCAAACAGGAGCUGCACUUUCCCGGGCCCCUCGAAGACGAAGAACCGAGCGGCGGGUGAAUGA